AUGGCCGAGACGGAGGAGCGGAGCCUAGACAACUUCUUUGCUAAGAGGGAUAAGAAGAAGAAGAAGGAGCGGAGCAGUCGGGCAGCGAGCGCCGCAGGCGCGGCGGGCAACGCGGGCGGGAGCAGCGGAACGGCGGGCGGCAGGCCGGGCGACGGCGGGACGGCAGGCACAGGGGCCACGGGCCCCGGGGCCGCCACCAAGGCAGUGACGAAGGAUGAAGAUGAAUGGAAAGAAUUUGAGCAGAAAGAGGUUGAUUACAGCGGACUCAGAGUUCAGGCAAUGCAGAUAAGUGAAAAAGAAGAAGAUGACAAUGAAAAGAGAGAAGAUCCAGGUGAUAACUGGGAAGAAGGAGGAGGUGGUGGAGGUAUAGAAAAAUCUUCAGGUCCCUGGAAUAAAACAGCUCCGGUACAAGCGCCUCCUACUCCAGUAGUUGUUACAGAAACCCCAGAACCAGCAAUGACUAGUGGUGUGUAUAGGCCUCCUGGGGCCAGGCUAACCACAACAAGGAAAACACCACAAGGACCACCAGAAAUAUACAGCGACACACAGUUCCCAUCCCUGCAGUCCACUGCCAAGCAUGUAGAAAGCCGAAACAGGGAUAAAGAAAUGGAGAAGAACUUUGAAGUAGUAAGACACAAAAAUAGAGGUAGGGAUGAGGUUUCAAAAAACCAGGCCCUUAAACUUCAGCUAGACAACCAGUAUGCUGUGCUUGAAAAUCAGAAAAGCAGCCACACACAGUACAAUUGAGGAAUGGUCUUUGCUAACCCUUCUGAGGUAACUAGACCACUGCUUAUCACCAUGAACCUUUCAUCCGAUCUCUGUUGGACCUACAGCAGCUGAUGCAGACCCCUCGGUUUAAGUGACUGGCUCUGUUGCACUGUGGAAGUUUAAAGUGUCACAACUGCUCUUUAUGUAUACUGGAUUUAGGAGAGCUUCCAUUGUUAUAUAAAUGUGUGGACUAGAUUCAGCAGUGUUAUUUCAUAAUUGCUCUGCAAAUACAAAAAACCAAAACCUGCAGCAGUGGUCAUUU